UUCUACGGGCACAGGCAGUAGUGAUCGGUUGGGGUUUGAGAAUGACCAUCAUGUGUCAUGUGGAAUCAUUGGAGUCAUAUUUAGUGCUUUUUCACUGAUUAACACCGACACAUUCGUAUUGAACAUAUUUUUUCUUCCCUCCUUCAACGUCGAUCGUGUGUUAUCGCGCGAGGGGCUUCUCCUCAAAAAUUUAAUGCCCCCUUUUUCAUCAGUGUGUGGCGAUCGGACUAAUUGUAGCAAAAGCAUUAAAGAGUAAAUUUCACAGCUAGGCACACGCAAAUUUCUCACCACGAGGAUUAGUGGACAGAACGGAGUUGUCGUGGAAGCAUCGUGACUUUCUGGUGCGGCGCAAUCAUCACAAGGAUUUUCAGUGCAAGGCAAAAAGUUACCAUUCACGGAUAAUUGCAUCAAUCAGGACGAUCAUAAAUUUUUUUUAAAGAAGAAAAAUCAUGGCCACGGAGGCGAAAAUUCUCUCUGGAACGCAAGUUGCCAAAGAUAUACGGGAUCAGCUGCGCGAUAGAGUGAGCCAAUUCACGAAGAAAUUGCCGGCUUUUAAGCCACGUCUCGCAAUUGUUCAGGUGGGAUGCCGUGAGGAUUCCAAUGUCUACAUUCGGAUGAAGUUGAAGGCCGCCUCUGAGAUUGGAAUUGAUGCGCAACACGUGCAGUAUCCCGAAACCAUAACACAGCGUGAACUUCUCAUGAAGCUAUCACGUCUCAAUAAUGAUCCAACUAUUCAUGGAAUAAUUGUCCAAAUGCCACUAGACUGUGUCAAUGAAAUCGAUGCUCAUCUUAUCACGGAUUCUGUGUCUCCUGACAAAGAUGUCGAUGGACUCAACACAAUCAACGAGGGACGCGUUUGUGUUGGCGAGAUGACUGGUUUCCUGCCAUGCACACCAAACGGAUGCAUUGAGUUGAUCAAACGGACAGGUGUCCCGAUUGCCGGCGCGAAUGCCGUAGUCCUGGGACGUAGCAAGAUUGUUGGCACACCCGUAUCGGAGUUGCUUAAAUGGAAUCACGCCACCGUCACUGUUUGCCACUCCAAAACUGUUAAUUUGAGUGAACAGACAAAGAAUGCAGAUAUCCUCGUUGUUGCCAUUGGAAAGCCCGAAUUCGUGCGCGGUGAUUGGAUUAAGCCAGGUGCCGUGGUGAUUGAUUGCGGAAUCAAUGCAGUUCAGGAUGAGGUAGAUGACGAUGCACAAAAUCCGACCAAAGUCUCAGGGCAACGUCUGGUGGGGGACGUGUGCUACGAGGAGGCACGGCAAGUGGCAUCUUACAUCACUCCAGUGCCUGGUGGGGUUGGUCCCAUGACUGUGGCUAUGCUCAUGCAGAAUACAGUUCAGUCUGCUGAGAACGCCUACAAGAAGCUGUUGAAAAUGUCUUGGGAUCUUCAAGUGUUGCCAUUGAAUCUCCAGAAGCCCGUGCCGAGUGAUAUCGAAAUAGCACGGUCCCAGGUGCCCAAAGAUGUGUCUUUCCUGGCAUCAGAAGUUGGAAUUAUUCCAGAGGAGGUCUCUCUGUAUGGUACGAAAAAGGCUAAAAUUUCUCUGAGUAUCCUCGAUCGUCUAAAGAAUAAUGUUGAUGGAAAGUACAUUGUCGUUGCGGGUAUCACCCCAACACCCCUUGGGGAGGGAAAGAGCACGACUCUUGUGGGCCUAGCUCAGGCUCUGACGGCUCAUAAGAACAAGAAGGCAUUUGCAUGCUUGCGUCAACCAUCCCAGGGUCCAACCUUUGGCAUUAAGGGUGGUGCUGCUGGUGGAGGCUAUGCUCAAGUUAUCCCCAUGGAGGACUUCAAUCUCCACCUCACAGGCGACAUUCAUGCAAUCACGGCUGCCAACAAUCUCCUAGCUGCACAGCUAGAUGCUCGAUUCUUCCAUGAAGCCACGCAAACGGAUGCCGCACUCUACGAGCGUCUUGUACCAAAGAUCAAGGGUGAAAGGAAAUUCUCAAAGAUCCAGCGGAGACGUCUUGAUCGCUUGGGCAUCACCAAAACCGAUCCGGACACUCUAACAUCCGACGAAGUGGCCAAAUUUGUGCGACUCAACAUUGAUCCGGCAAAUGUUGUGUGGACACGUGUUGUGGAUAUCAAUGAUCGCUACUUGCGCAAGAUCACCGUCGGGCAGGCGUCCACGGAGAAGGGAUUCAUGCGUGAGACAAGCUUCUCCAUUUCCGUUGCAAGUGAACUUAUGGCUAUUUUAGCUCUAACCACAAGUCUCGAGGACAUGAAGCAGCGCAUUGCAAAGAUUGUCGUGGCCUUCGACAAGGCAGGUAAUCCCGUAACAGCUGAUGAUUUGGGUAUGACCGGUGCAAUGAUGGUACUCCUGAAGGAUACCCUUGAACCAACUCUUAUGCAAACACUCGAGGGUACGCCUGUCUUUGUCCACGCUGGGCCAUUUGCGAACAUUGCCCACGGAUGCAAUUCCAUCAUUGCCGAUAACAUUGCAUUGAAAUUGGUGGGUAAGGAGGGCUAUGUGGUGACUGAGGCUGGUUUUGGAUCUGACAUUGGUAUGGAGAAGUUCUUCAACAUUAAGUGCCGCACCUCGAAGAAGGUUCCCAAUGCUAUUGUUCUCGUGGCUACGGUGAGGGCGCUCAAGAUGCACGGUGGUGGCCCACCAGUUUCAGCCGGGAAUACACGCAAAGAGUACACGGAGGAGAAUUUGGAACUUCUCAAGAAGGGUCUUCCCAAUCUCAUUAAACACAUUAGCAAUGGGCUAAAGUACAAAGUUCCCGUUCUUGUUUCCAUCAAUGCGCACCAAUACGAUACACCUGCUGAGCACGAGAUGAUUCGCGAAGCUGCCCGAAAGGCUGGGGCAUUGGCGUGUGUUGUCUCAAAGCACUGGAGUGAGGGUGGAGCUGGGGCAGCUGCCCUGGCGGAUGCCGUCAUCAAGGCUUGCAGUGAAAAGUCCAAGUUUAAAUUCCUCUACAACCUCGAUUUGUCCAUUGAGGACAAGAUCAUUCUAAUUGCCAAGGAGAUGUACGGAGCUGGAAGUGUUGACUUCAACACGCGAGUUCGUGAGAUGAUGAGACUACUCACGGAGAAGGGCUACAAAAAUCUCCCAAUCUGCAUGGCCAAGACUCAGUUGUCUCUUUCGGGUAAUCCAGAACUCAAGGGAGCCCCAACUGAUUUUAAACUGCCCGUUACGGAUCUUUACCUCUCCGCCGGAGCUGGAUUCAUCGUUGCCAUUGCCGGGGACAUCUCAAAGAUGCCCGGACUGCCCACAAGGCCAUGCGUCUACGACAUUGAUCUCAACACGGAAACCGGCGAGAUCGAGGGACUCUUCUAGGGGGGAAAUCCUGUCAGCACAGAGCCCCUUUUUUCUUUUUUUUUGUAGUUUUAUAGGAAGGAUAAAAUUAAAAAUUCUUUGAGGAGGAAUGAAUGGAAUGCUGCAACCAUUGAUUUGGCAAGAAAUAAAUAAAUGACUCCACAAUUGGGAAGAAAA